UGAUAACAUAUUGGACCACGUGAUAGUUUGAUAUAUAGCAUGUUCACUACAUAAUCUAGUACACUCACUGUAUUGCCCCAUUUGUACAGUCAUGGCUCAGAUACCAACAGCUAUAAGGGAACCGGAGAUUAAGUUCACUCAGCUAUUCAUCAACAAUGAAUGGGUGAACUCAGUCAGUGGAAAGACUUUCCCGACACUUAACCCCACAAACGGCAAGACAAUCUGUGAUGUCCAAGAAGGCGACAAGGCAGAUGUCGAUCUAGCGGUCGCUGCAGCGAAGAAAGCUUUUGAAUUUGGAUCGCCAUGGCAGAAGAUGGACGCUAGUAAAAGAGGAGCUUUGUUGCACAAGGUUGCUGAUCUUGUUGAGAGAGACAGACUAUAUCUUGCUAGUCUCGAAACGCUAGACUGUGGCAAGUCUUUCAAAGAUGCAUAUGGUGAAAUGGCUGCAGUAUCAAAUUUUUUACGAUACUUUGCUGGAUGGACAGAUAAAAUACAAGGAAAAACUAUACCAAUAGAUGGCGCGUUCUUCUGUUACACAAGACAUGAGCCUGUAGGUGUCUGUGGAUCAAUCAUUCCAUGGAACUUCCCGCUAGUAUUGUUCGCAUUGAAAUUAGCUCCGGCACUGGCAUGUGGAAACACUGUUGUUUUGAAACCAGCAGAGCAGACGCCACUGACAGCUCUGUAUGCAGCUACCCUCUUUAAGGAGGCUGGAUUUCCUGCAGGUGUUGUGAAUAUAGUGCCUGGUUAUGGACCAACAGCUGGUGCUGCCAUCUCCUCACAUCCUGAUGUUAACAAAAUAUCAUUCACUGGAUCAACUGAUGUUGGUCAAACAAUAAUGGCAGCUGCAGCUAGAUCAAACUUGAAACGAGUGACACUGGAACUUGGAGGAAAAAGUCCGCUGGUUGUCUGGAAAGACGCAAAUAUUGAUACGGUGGUAGAAUGGGCACAUCAGGCUAUUUUCUUUAACUGUGGACAAGUCUGUACAGCUGGAUCUAGGACAUAUGUACACGAAGAUCUCUAUGACGAAUUCGUCAAAAAGGCUGUUGCUCGUGCCAAGGCUAAAACUAUUGGCGACCCUUUUGACACUAAAAGUGAAUAUGGUCCACAGGUGUGUGAAGAACAGUUUAAUAAAGUAUUAGAGCUGAUAGAAAGUGGUAAAACUGAAGGUGCUACAUUAGAGACUGGUGGUCAGAGACAUGGUACUGAUGGUUACUUUGUACAACCAACUGUCUUCUCAAACGUCACCGAGAAAAUGAGAAUUGGGAGAGAGGAGAUAUUUGGUCCUGUGCAAUCAAUUAUGAAAUUUAAAGACAUGGAAGAGAUCAUAGCACGUGCAAACGACACAAAAUAUGGCCUAGCGGCAGCGAUAUUCACUGAAGAUAUUGACACGGCCUUGACAUUUACUAGUAGGGUCAAGGCCGGCACAGUUUGGGUGAAUUGUUACUUUAAAACGGGUCCAGGUGCACCGUUUGGAGGAUUCGGAAUGUCUGGUAUUGGCAGAGAAUGUGGAGAGUAUGGACUACAGGCGUACACAGAGGUUAAAAAUGUGGUCAUGAAGACGUCGGUAAAACUUUAGGUCAGCUGCAAAAAAAACAUUUCAACAGUCAAAAUCAUAGACCAUGAUGUUAUAAAUGUGUGUAAUAUUUUCAGAGAAAUAACGUGUAUAUUAAGUUGUUUUAAUGGGAAACUGUUGAUAAUAUACACUUGAUACCAAAACCACAAACACCAUGUUCAACAAUAAACGAUGCUUUAUGAUACACCAUACUCCAGGAUAUAUGUGCAUAUCUUUGUUGAUUCAAAAGAAAAAAAAAUGUACAAAAACCCUAUUAAAGUGACAGGCUCAAAUUCCUGUGUUGUUGUUGCUAUUGUUUUGAUAAAUAUUGUUUAAAAAAAGAUUUAUAUCAUAAGUUUAUUAGUUCAGAGGCUCAGCUUCCGAUGAAAUAAAGUGUUAUAUUUUGUAUUGUUUUUGAAACAAUGCGAAGACCUUCAUUCUA